AUGGCGAAAGUGGAGACCAUCAACAGGGAAAACAAGGUUCAGGAACAGGGAAACUGUGGUUCAGCAAUGGAUUUGAUCAGUUCUCUUCUGGCUAUAGGCAACGAACAAUCGCUCAGAUCUGUGGUCUCCAACUUGGGACAGGAGUUGGCUGUCUGUCACGGGCUCCUGGUUGAAAUGGAAGCAGAGGUUCAGCAGCAAGAAAAACUAAGGGAUCGGUUAAAAAUGAUAAAGAUGUCUGUUGAGAGACAGCGAAGUGAAGCAGAGCACCUCCAGGAAAACGUUCCUCCAUACCUGCCCAAACCAACUCGGAGCUGCAACACCGGGCCAGCUGUCAAACGGGAGGAGGCAACAAAAGCUGAAUGCACAAAGAAAUCUAAAGAAGACGCAACAGCUGUUAAACAAAUGCCCUUAAUAAGCCCUGAAGAAUUUGAUAACAUUCCUGCGUACUUGAGAGGCCGUUUAAGAUGUGAGCAGAUUAAUGUUGUCAUUCAAGAGAUCAACAAUGCUGUGGCUGCCAAGUACAAGAUCAUGCAUCAGCCGUUGAAAUCUAUGAAAGCACCAGCCAGGAAACUCUACAGCAGGUUCCUGGAAGAAGAAAUAAAGGAAACAAGAGGUGAAUUUUUCAUCAUGGAGGCUGACAUCAAAGAAUUCACCCAGCUGAAGAUGGAUAAGCGCUGCUACAACAUCCUUAGUAUCCUGCGCCACGCCCAGAGACUGAGAGAAAUUCGUUGUUCUGGAUUUGUCCGCUACAUCAUCUGCUGAUGGGGUUUCUGGAUUCCAUUUGCCCAGGAUCCAGAGCGAUGAAGUGCACUGGGUAUAGAUCUUGCCUGCAGAGGUUCUGUGUGAUCUUUCCUAUCCAGCUCUCUUAUUUUCUCAUUCGUGGGGACCAAGAGGUGUGUUUCAGCCCUCUAUCCUAGGUGGGAAGAGGUGAUUUCAAACGGCUUCACAGAAUUUUUCAGUCUCUCUUCCUACUUAAAGGAAGCAUUUGAUCUUGUUUUAACCCGUUUCUAGGUGUCUUUUUCUUCCUGUUCUAAUUUCAUAUUUUGGUGUUGGUGUUGGUGGAAUAGGAAGAUUUGAGGUGGUUUAAACGUUUCCUCACUGAGGAUCAGUGCGUUCUGUUACCCAAGGGCUUUCCCUGCUUUGUCACACAGCCACACCAACCCCAUUGCCUGAAACAAGAGAGCCGUGGGGUGGUUAAGUGAAAGUUUUAACUUUUACAUUGAAAAUAGUGGUCAAACUCAUUGCAGCUUUCCUUAGAGAAGCUUGCUUCUGAAUGACCUGUUCCAGAGUGGAAUUAUUGUGAUAAAUUCCAGCUCUGCGAGGAAUCAGAUCUGGUUUGGUAAGAAGGGGUAUGGAAUUUUUCUUCUAUGAGUCUGUAUCUGCCAUCAAGCUAACAUCUGAUCCGAAACACCUCCUCUUGGCCCCUGUUGGUGUUAAGGCAAUAACUUAAAAGGUCCUGAAAGAUCUUCAGUCUUCUUCAGUAGAGAUCCUGGAGAGAGCUGUAUGAACCUUGAUUUCCUUUUUUCUCUCUUUGCAGUGUGGUUGGGGUUUAGGGUAUUUCUUGGUCACCUGAAUGUUGAGGUCCCUGCUCUGCAUCGUGUUGGAAUGUAUUCCGUGUUUGGGUAAAUGCUUGGUUUGGGAAGAUGUGCAAACUAAAAAGUUUCUGUAGAUGU